CCCACAUCUGAAAUUCAACAAUCUCACCCUGAUUUCAACUCACGGCCUUCCAGGAAAAGAUCUGCCGUGCUCCCAGCAUAGGAGGUUUUUGAUUAACAGCCACUGUUUUAAUGAUGAAGAUUAUGCACAGAUGUCACUUUGUUCCUGGGUUAACAUUGUGGUUGGUAAAAUGACUGGCAUAAAUCGCGCUGCCAAAUACGUGAUUGUUUCUAAGGAGAAAAAAGUACCAUAUGACUACCUCGUUCUCUGCACAGGGCAGAAAUACCAGGUCCUGUCUCCCACGGGAGCAGAUAUCAGUAAACUCCCGACUAAUGAAGAAGUCCUAAGUAAGUGGCCACAAAGAUACACUGGGAGAGUCCCUUCCAAUCAUUUUACUCUUAAUGACAAUGAGGACUGCUUGAGGGCAGUGCACUGGCUGAAAGAAAACAUUGUCAGCUCAGAAGGGAAUGUCAUUGUCUAUGGGAAUACAAUUGACACUUACACCACAGUGGAAACCCUCUUAUCUCUUGAAAUUAACGGUCCUCGUGUCCACCUCGUGCGGCCUCCCCUCAGCUCAGAUGUGACUUGCCUGAACAACAGCGACGUUGAAAGCACCGUCAGGGAGGCGCUGUCGGCAGCUGGCGUGUCUGUCUACCAUGACAGCAUCCUGGCACAGUGGAGCGAAGGCGAUGACCCAGACCUCAUCACAUGUGCUGCUUUCACUACUAAUACAAAACCUUUUAAGUUGCAGUGCUCGGCAUUUUUUAGCUUUGCCUACAGGAUGGUGGAUUAUGAAACCUUUAAAGCAAUUAAUGAUGCAGGCCUUGCCUUUGAUGGGAGACUUGUGAUCGACAGUAAGUUUUGUACCAGCGACGCCAGUAUCAGGGCAGCUGGGCCUUUAACCAAGUACUCCAGGAGAUAUUAUGCAGACGAGUGGACACAUGGCGACUGCAGUUCGAAAGAGAUCGGAUUUGAGCUUGCUGCAUCCAUGCUGCCUCUCUUUGAUCCAACCUCUACGCCCAUUUCCAGGCCGCCAGAAGGCACAGAUAGACUCAUCCCCAUGUACAAAGGGUGUAAAAUUAAAGGAGGUGUUCUUCCUGGAGGUAACAAUUACUUGCAUAUUUCCAAACCACAAAUCCCCAUCCACUUGGACUUAGAACUUUCCUCGUGUGAUCAUGGGAUGGAGAUGGUAACCGGAGAGGCAAGAGCUGGGAAUUAUUUCAGGAUACACAUCGACAGAUACAGUAUGGUAGACAGCAUCACCUGCUUUUCCAAGGAACCCUUUCCUGUCUCCAACUACAUUUGCUUGUACGGAAAGCACGAGCGUCUUCUCAAUGAUCUCCUUUAUCGCUGGAAUACAGGGCAGAUUACAGAUCUUUACAGCUACUUCAGGGAACCUUGGUCCAUGGCCAUCUAUCAUGAUCGGUUUAUUGAUCUCAAGAAGGAACUGCGCCAAGUCCUGAUGUCGGAACAG